AUGGAAGGUAUAGGGGACGUAGCCGAUCAUCAAUCGCAUAGCGAGCAAUUACUGGACUCGGUCGAUUCCCCGGCGGCGGUUUCUACGCAUGGCCGGGGAACCGGUGGGGGUGGUUCGAAUGGGAACUGUGCAGGUGGAGGAGGAAGCGGUGGAGGAGGAGGAGGUGGUAGCAACAGCGGUGGUAGAGGAACGGUGGUCGGUGGGGGUAGGCAUCACCAUCAUCACCACCACCACCACCAACCCCACCAUCACCAGCAGCAACAACAACAACAACAACAACAACAACAACACCAUCACCAUUCUCAACAGCAACAGCAUCAAACUCAUCAUCAUCACCACCACCAUCCUCAACAUCAUCAUCAUCAUCAUCAUCAACAGCAGCAGCAACACCAACAUCAACAUCAACAACACCACCAGCACCAACAGCACGAGCUCGGCGUCGACGGAGCGGGUGGAAGAAACCCCGGUGGAAGUGGAAACGGCAGUGGUGGUGGUGGUGGUAACGGAGAGGGUAUGUCAUCCUCCGCCUCGCAAAGUCCCGACAUCGCGUGCGCGAACUUGCCGCUGGAACUACUGGCGGCUGGCGCGCUCGGCGUCAAGGAGGAGCGAGAGCUCACCGCCGCGGAGGAUCUGUCGUCGUCCCAGGAGCCACCGAGUAACAGUAUCGUCGGCGGUGGUAGUAGCGGUGGUGGCGGCGGCGCAGCAGCACGAGCAGCAGCAGCAGCAGCAGCAGCAGCAGUGGCGGCAGCGGCGGAGGUGCCGUCGGUGGCGCCGGUGGUGGCAACGGAAACGGCGGUGGCGGUGGCGGUGGUGGCGGCGGCGGUGGUGGAGGUGGUGGUGGUAGACAGAACGCGAGGGAGUCCCUGUCGGUGA